AGAAGAGAAGGAGGAGCCUGCUGGGUGUGGAACUCCAGACAAAGGAGACAUAAACACACUGACACUGGAGAAGUGGAGCAAAAAAAGGAAAGAGACAGCUGGGAAGCGUCAUUUUGCCUGAACUCCAACUAUAAUUUGGGAAACAUCUUGAAGAAGGGAUUUAUUUGGAGUGUGUGUGAGAGCUGUGGGAGCCUGUUUGCAAGCUGCUGAGGUAUGUUUGUGUUGGAGCUGGACUUUACGUAUGCUGCCCACAGUGUGCAGAAGUGUGUGGGUUAGUGUGUUUGGGAUGGAAAAGUGGGGCUGGCUCAGCAAACAGCUCUGCUCUUAGCUUCACGCCAUGGGGGGCUGCCACAGUUACCCCUCGGCUACAAAGGUAGACACCAAGACUCCUCAGACAUCUGACAUCCACAGUGAGAAACUCGGAAUCAACAACAAUAACCAGGAGGAGUGUCCGUAUCUGCAGCGGCAAAAUGCUUGCCAGAGGAUCACAGACGCCAACAUGUUUGCCCUCAUAUCAUUGCCGCCUGGCAUGGACAAAGCAGAGUGGCUGGCCAGCAACACUGUGGCUUUUUUCAAGCACAUAAACCUGUUCUCCAGCGCUCUGUCAGAGUUCUGCACUCCCAGCUCCUGUCCAACUGCCUGUGGACCAGACAACAUUGUCUACUUUUGGACUGAUGACCAUGGCAGGAAACUGAAAUGCUCUGCUCCACUUUACUUUGACUAUGCCAUGUCAUACAUUCAAGAGCUUCUGACUGAUGAAGAUGUGUUCCCCACUAAAGCAGGUGCAACGUUUCCAACAGGAUUCAUCUUCCUAGUCCAGAAGGUCUUCCUGCUACUUUUAAGGACCCUGGCUCACAUUUACUGGUCUCACUACAGUGAGGUGCUUGCUCUGGACAUGCACCCACACCUCAACACUCUUUUCUCCCACCUGACUCUUUUCUGCCAGCAGCACUCGCUGCUGGAGCCUGAAGACAUGAAGCCUCUGCAGGACCUUAUUAACGCUCUGGAACGGCACAGAUGAAACACUCAAAUUUCCCUGCUAUUGCUUAUUUAUUGGUUUCAGUCUGUAAUAUCAGACUCUUCUUUGUAGAGCUCCAAUUUGUGUCAUAGCUUAGUUUUUUUUAAAGACAAGUCUGGAAGAUGUAAAAUGCCAAGAUGAUAUAAGAGUUAUGCUUCCAGUUGGGAGCUCAGUUAUUCAGUUAUUGUCUUUUUUUUUUAUCUUUAAAUCUAUAUUGCAUGUUGGUUUUUAGCAUAACUUUGCAUUAUUUUAUUGUCGUCAUCUGUACCUUGUUUCAUGUAAGAUUCUACUUAAAUGUUACUUCAAGAAUUAAUCGUGGCCAGCCAAAUGGAGAUGUUGCUGUACUAGGAUUCUUGAGGUCCUAAAAGAGUGAAGAGUGGAUGGAGUUACUAUAAACGUUCAUCUCUGCAGAUUAACAUUUUGCUCAAUCUUUGUAUAAAAAAUUUGUGAGAAAAGAUUGUGACACGAUGAGUGACUGAAUGCUUUUUAUUAAAAGUAAUUUUUAUGUGAAA